GCAAGUACUAUCCCCUCGGCACUGUCCCAGCUGGCGAGAUGAAGCUAGCCACUACUUGGACGGACUACGAGAGUGCCCCUGGCGUAGGCUUCCCGACGGCUGCUGAGGCCGUGAUGAGAAAGUUUUGGUGUUUUUAUCGUGUGGCGCCCGAGGUUGAGGAGGCGGCCGCGAACAGGACUUUGCGGGCGACUUGUGAGAGGUUGACACCGCAGGUGUGGUACAACCAAAGGAUCACGUCCGCGGGUCACUUCUGGGCAGAGAGAGGCGAGAGGGUCCAUAAGCCGGACAUUGUCGGUAAGAAUGCUAAGGCCGAGUACGAGAUGACGGUGGAGGACUACAUGACACUUCAAAACCACGGCAAGAGCUACUGGGAGCAAGGAAUGAAGCAAUAUAGUAUUAGCGGCCUCAACUCUGCUAAACAGCAGCAGCAGUAA